GAUCUGGAAUCCUAUGAGACAGGCACAGUGCGUCGGCGAGCAAAGACUAUCGUCACCCCAAAGAUGGCGAUGGAAAGCUUCAGGCUGUCUUUUUUAAAUGACGACCAAGAUGUGAACUUUGAUGCUAUUCUUGGGGAACUCUAUGAGCUGGAAUCCCAACUUAACAGUGCUCAGACUGAGCUGUCCAGGUCUUUGGGGACUGGAGGUCAUCAUCCGCCGCCACCCGUCGCAUUUCAGGAUGGAGAAAGUCAAGAGAGCAGAGAGGCCAGGCAUUCGUCGGAGCAGGAAGAGCUGGAUCAGCUGGCAGUGGAGAUUACACGGAGUCUCCAGUACAAUAAACCACAUGGUCAUUGUUCUUAUCACCAUCGGCAUUACCACCAUCAUCAUACAGUUAGUGGGUCAGGUCAUGGUGGAGGAGAAGGCGUCUGUGACACUACAGAAACAGAUUCAGCCUUCUCAGACAACGCCUCAUUGCCCUCCUCCGAGUCUCUGACCUCCAUGGUGACCGUGUCCUCUUCUGCUGAUACAAACUCCUCCUCUUCAGGAGAGACGUGCAGUAUGAGCAGUGCCAUCUGUGGGAUGCAUCACUCUGAGGUAGAGCAUACGGCACGCAUGAAAGCAGAGAAAAUCCGCAUCGCUUUAGAGAAAAUCAAAGAGGCCAAGAUAAGGAAGCUGUUUGUUCGAGCAUUUGCCAAAGAUGGAAGCAGCAAAAGCAUUCUGGUGGAUGAAAAGAUGAGUGUUGCACAAGUCUGUAGUCAACUAGCAGAUAAGAACCACAUACGACUCAAUCAUCGGCUGUGUGUUGUAGAACUGAUGCCAGAGUUACUAAUGGAACGUAUCCUAGAAGACCAUGAUUCUCUGGUAGAAAACAUUGUUAUGUGGACGAGGGAUUCCAAGAACAAAGUCAUGUUUGAAGAAAGAAUGGACAAGUAUGACUUGUUUAUUAAUCCAGAAAAAUAUCUCCUGAGUCCUACAGUAUCAAAGCAAGAGCCACUGACAGCACAGCAGAAGGACAAACUAAUUCAGGAGUUUUUUGCGCCAGAUUGCAUUAGUGUUCCAACUGUGGAAGGAGCUUUAUAUCUGAAGUCAGAUGGCAAGAAAGCCUGGAAGAAAUUCUUCUUUGUUCUCCGAGCAUCUGGACUUUAUUACAAUCCCAAAGGAAAAGCAAGCAAGAAUCCGAAGGACCUGGUAUGCUUAGUUCAGUUUGAGUAUGUGGAAGUAUAUCGUGGUCUGGGAUGGAAGAAAAAAUAUCAUUCUCCUACGGAUUACUGCUUUGCUCUCAAGCAUCCCCAGAUACAGAAGAAAACAUCCAAGUACAUCCGCUAUUUUUGUGCUGAAACAGAAAUUUCACUCGAUCAGUGGGUCAUGGGGAUAAGGACUGUUAAGCUUGGAAAACAGUUGCUGUACAACUAUGAGCAACUGAUGCAUGAGAUUUCCAUGUGGGACUUGAGACAGCCAGAAUCUGGAGCAGUCUCAGCAGAUGAAGCAAUGCUCCAGAUGUUAAAUCAUGCAGACUUGUCUGACAGUCGAAUGUCAGUUCCCGAUGAGGGCAUUCAUCACUCCGUCAUCCAGGUCCUCACUCCAUCUGUGGGCCACAGUUUAAUAACAGGCGACUCCUCCAGAGACGUCAUAAGUAUUGAGGUACUGGCUAUUCCUCCAUGCAAGACCUCUGACUAUGGAGGGGGAUCAGAUGGAAG